AUGCGCUCCAAUUAUUGGGUCCAAGGUGGAGGGCGCAGAACAGAUAACAGGAGGUUCACGGUCGUUGAGAUAUCAGCAAGCAGUGAAUCAGUGCAGAGUCCAGCACUUAAUCCAAGGAAAAGGCUUCAUUCAGCAGAGGAAGUGCAAUGCGGCAACCGGCCAAACCCAGAGGGUGCCGGCUCAGUGUCUGUAACAGAGUUAAGCCAUUCCGAGAGCAAGCAAGUGAGGGAAAGCCUGUGUCAGCGAUGUCAAAUCAUCACGGACGAACUGAACAGACAGGCGCUCGAGCUGGCUGAGCCAGGAACGCUAAAGAACCCAAGCGUUGCAGCCUUUCUCCUCAACAAGCUCCAGACUCUGGAAUGGCCUCCCAGGUGCUGUGGUGCCCAGAACCGUUGUGAAGUGUGUGGAACACCCCUUCAUCACCUGAGAUGCCUGGCACUCCACUCUGCCCUGGGGCUGGCAUUGGACGUCAUGCCUGAGCUGCAGCAUGGUGUCCUUUCUUGCCUGCUGCCACCACGUGUAGCAUCCCACAGUGUUAUGUCACCCCAUACGUCCUGGGAAUGGCCCACACAGAACUCUCCAACUGGAAGUGGUCAACUCCUCACCGGGCACCUCUGUGGUCCACCACCCGGAGAGAAACAGCAGGAAAUGUGUUGGAAUCAAGAUGUAACAGCAAGAGUGGGUGGUAAACUAACCUGUUUGGCCACUGUCACACCUCUUCCUAUCCAUACACCUCUUCCUGUCCAUACACAACACUACCUGGAGGGAGUUUGGUGUGUGACAAGGGCUUCAGACCAUUUUCAUAUAUUGGGCCAUACCUCAGAGAAGGACAUUUUGGUAAAUGAGGCCUCCAGGUCCAGCCAGGCCAGUGCUGUACACUUAGUAUCUUCUUCAGAACACAAACCAAACCAACAAGAUCAGCCAGCUAUCCCGCCUGUACCCCAAACCAGCUCAGCAGCCUCAUUCUUCCUCAGGGCUGCCCAGAAGCUGAACCUCUCCAAACGGAAGAAGCCUCAGCCUCUGCCAGCCUCCCCACCUGACCCAGAAGAGCCGUUCUUCUACACUGAUGGCUUCAGUGCUGCCCUGCAGCUCUCACCCCCAGCUGUACCCCCAUGUCUCCUCAGGGCAGGGUCAAAGGUCAAGGACAGCCCUGGGAUGGGAAAGGUGAAAGUAAUGGUGAGGAUAUGCCCUGCCAAAGGAUACCGAGACACCUCAGAAUCCAUGUCCUUUCUGAAGGUAGAUGCCCAUAAGAAGCAGUUGACGUUUUGUGAGCUGCCCGCUAGCUCACGCUACGCCUCUGCCACCGCCCCAAAGAUGUUUACCUUUGAUGCCAUCUUCACCCAAGAUGCUUCACAGGCAGAGGUGUGCUCGGGGACAGUGGCAGAGGUAAUCCAGUCUGUGGUCAAUGGGGCAGAUGGCUGCAUCUUCUGCUUUGGUCAAGCCAACCUUGGCAAAACCUACACCAUGAUUGGCAGGGACAGUUCUACUCAGAGCUUGGGCGUGGCCCCCUGUGCUAUCUCUUGGCUCUUCAAGCUCAUUGAGGAAAGGAAAGAGAAGGCUAGUACACGAUUCUCGGUCCAAGUGUCUGCUGUGGAAAUCUGUGGAAGGGAGGAGCUGUUAAGAGACCUGCUGGCUGACUUUUCCACAGGGGCCUCCCAAGACAGCCAGGGCGCAGGAGUUUCCCUGAGAGAGGACCCAGUCUGCGGAUCCCAGCUGCAGAACCAGAGUGAAUUGCGGGCUUACUCUGCAGAGAGGGCGGCAUUUUUCCUGGAUGCAGCUCUGGCAGCACGCAGCACUAACAGAUCGGACUGCAAGGAAGAGGACCAUCCGAAUUCCCACAUGCUUUUCACCCUGCACAUUUCUCAGUACCGUACGGAGAAGAGCACCAAAGCAGGAAUGUCUGGGGGUCAGAGUCGUCUGCAUCUCUUUGACUUGGGCAGCUGUGAGUCUGAUCUGAGCCAAACACGAGAUGGAGGAAGAGGCCAGUGUCUGUCCUUAGGUGCCCUCGGAAAUGUCAUCCUAGCCUUGGCCAACGGAGCCAAGCAUGUGCCAUACAGGGACAGCAAGCUCACCAUGCUGCUAAGGGAAUCGCUGGGCAACAUAAACUGCAGAACUACCAUGAUCGCCCACAUCUCUGACUCGCCAGACAAUUAUGCUGAAUCUCUCACCACUGUGCAGCUUGCUUCCCGCAUACACCGCAUGAGGAAAAAGAAAUCCAAGUAUGCAUCCAGUUCAUCUGGAGGGGAGAGCUCCUGCGAAGAAGGACACAUCAGACGAAGACCCUUCCACCCUCGGACUGUGGCUCUUGAUCCAGACCAUCCUGCACUGCUGUCCAGUGACCCAGAUUACUCCUCCAGCAGUGAACACUCAUGUGAUACAGUGAUCUAUGUGGGGCCCGGUGGGGCCCCUAUCUCUGACCGUGAACUCAGCGACAAUGAAAGUCCCCCAGCUUUUGUACCUAUCAUUCCUUCCCUGAACAAGAAGCGUGUAAAAGAGGGACCCAAGUCUGAUGGGGACCAUCUCAAAUGCAACACCUUUGCAGAGUUACAAGAACGGCUUGAGUGUAUUGAUGGCAGUGAGAGCUCAUCUGUUUUUACUAGUGAGGGAAAAGGCCAACAGAAUGCUUCCAAAACUGCAGCAGACAAAGUGGCAGAAGGGACUUCUGUAUCAGCAAGGACAGCCAAGUCCUCUCUCCAAAAGCCUGCACAGCUGCAACAUGGGGGCACAUCUGAAGCCAACAAGACAUGGCAAGAUUCUGAGCCUGUUGUGAAAGAGAAAGUCCACUUCAAUAAAGGGCCUUUACAAAAACCCAGUGCUUCUAGCUCCUUGCAGAACAUCUCAAGGACCCCGGAGUGUGGCUUAGCCACACGGACACCUCCAGUGGGUAUGAGCCAGCAGGCCCUAAGACAGGGAGAACAAAGUGACUCCCCAGAUUUUGACAGAGCCCAGCACCUUAGUAGAAGUCCUUUGGAGGUGAGACACCUAUGUGCCGCUCUAAGCAACAGGUGUUUUGAUAGAGAUGUUUUAAGGACUACAGUAACACUGCAACAGCCUGUAGAGCUUAAUGGAGAGGAUGAGCUUGUGUUUACUGUGGUCGAGGAGCUGCCUGUUGGUCUGGUUCCAGACAGUGAGCGACCUUCCAGCAUCAUUAGCUUUAACAACAACUGCUCUUUGCAGGCUUUUGCAUCUGGCUCACGUCCUGUUAGCAUAAUCAGUAGCAUCAACGAUGAGUUUGAUGCUUACACAUCGCAGAUGAGCAGGUCGCAGCUUAAUCUAGCUAGUGCUUCAAUGUCACAAGAGGAUCUUACAGCUGGAUGCAUCACACAAGCACAAGGAUCUUCAAUCUGCUCCUGGCCUGGCAAGACAAACAUUUGUACCCUAAGAAGUGAUGAGACAAUUUUUGAAAGAAGACUCUCUUCAAAAAGUUUGCGCAGUGGACCAGACAGCAGCCCCAUGAUGGAUUUACCUGGUGGUUUACACAUUGAGUCUUUCUCCCAACAAAGAACAAAUAGCUGUUUAGGUGACAGUGGAAUUUGUUUUUCGGAAAUACACUAUGAUUCUGCAACUGCUGACAAACUAUCCAUAUCGAAGUGCCCUCUAUCUCAUGACAGUACCAAAGCAACCCUCAGUGGUCCAAAGUCACUAAGAUCUAAUAGACUUAUCACUUCACAGUCUGCCCAGAUCUCAAACAUCUCUCACUCUACUCACAUCAAAAAGAGCACACAAACUUCAUCCUCUAGCAGUAGCUAUAGCCAUGAGCUACAACACCAAGGAAGCAGAAUAGAUGAACAAUGGGUCCACACAAGUGGUGGUUUAGACUCAGCCAGAAAUGCUGAGUUUAGCUCUGCUAGUAAGUCACCCAAAAAUGGCAUGAGUGGUAUUCCAUCUAGAAAGACAAGUGGGAAUAGCAACAGUGUACCUCGCCCUCCAAAAAUGCAUGCAUCAUCUGUAUCUCAAAGGGUCGUGGAUGGUUGUGAGAAAUCCAGUGUUAGGAAAGGAGAUCUGAAAUUCUCAUCUUUAGGAAAGAAAGUUAAUGGACCAAAGGGUAGUAUGCUCCCUAAGUCUGGAAGCAUGUCACCCCCUGCUCCACCUGUCCGGAAGUCUAGCCUGGACCAGAGAACACGUAUUUUAUUGUCUCCAAGUGCCUUAAAGUCUGUGGGUAAUGAUGGAACAAGAUCCUCUUUCUCCAAAGCAUCAGUUUCUGAGGAAGACUUUGAUGUCCGAGUUAGGGGGGAAUCUUUAAGCUUUAAAUCAUCCAGCCUAAGGACAGCUUCUAGUCUCAGAUCACAUAGUGGUAAAGGGGACAAUGGCAGGAAUUUUGGUAGUCUUAUGUCCCUUGAAAGGUAUGACAGUUUAACUUCAGUGGGUUUAAAACCAGGUACCUCAAGAGAGAACAGUAGCAUCGGUAUUGGCAGCACUGGAAAAUCUGGUAAAACUGUGCCAAAACUUGGGACUCCCAGUUCCAUAUCUACACCUGCUGCCACUUCUCCUCCAUCUACCAUUGGAAUUAGUAAGCUUGGACAGCUAAAAGCCAGUAUAACACCUAAAGCCAUUGUUGGGAAUGGCAACAAAGGAAAGGCCUUGUUGAGUACUGUUUCAAAGUCUACUAGUUCCUCCAUCAAGUUCCUUGCUGUCUCAGCUGCACGGAAUGCCAGUCUACCUCCAACUGGAAAAACCCCAACUCGCUCAGUUACAGGCUCCAAUGGUAAAUCAGGGAGGGGCACUAUUAUGGGCACAAAGCAAGCAAUCCGUGCAGCCAACAGUCGGGUCAGCGAAUUAGCAGUUGGUAGCUCCAAGAAACACCUCAGGGGCUCUGACCCAGCAGAUGGCAACAAUGAUGCCACAUCAGCCAGCGAGAAACCUCUGGCUGCUCCUCUGCCCUCUCCGUACAGUAAGAUCACUGCUCCUCGCCGUCCUCAGCGCUACAGUAGUGGUCAUGGAAGUGACAACAGCAGUGUACUUAGUGGUGAACUGCCACCAGCCAUGGGCCGCACUGCACUUUUUUAUCACAGUGGAGGGAGUAGUGGCUAUGAGAGCAUGAUCAGGGACAGUGAAACCACUGGCAGCGCAUCAUCUGCUCAUGACUCCAUGAGUGAGAGUGGAGUGUCCACGUCUAGCCGAACAAAAGCUUCAAAAUCUCCCAAAAAGAGAUCCAAUGGCCUACAGCGACGGCGUCUGAUUCCGGCUCACCUGCCAGACACCUCUUCCCUGGGCAGGAAGGUUGGUGCUGCCGGCCAAUGGGUGGAUCUUCCCCCACUGGGGGGUACUAUGAAGGAGCCCUUUGAGAUCAAAGUGUACGAGAUUGAUGAUGUGGAACGGCUUCAGAGACGGAAAGAAGGGCUGACAGAGGGUUUGCAGUACUUCAACGCCCGCCUUAGGAUGCUGGAGAAGAGGCAGCAGCAGAUCAGGGAGCUAAGGGCCAAGCACGACAAGCUGAAAAAGGAGUUGGAGGAUGCCAAGAUCCAUCUCAUGAUGGACCCUAGCAAGUGGAUAGGAGAAUUUGAUGUGGACCCAGACCUGCACCAGGAGUCGCAGGACUUCUUGGAGGCUUUGGCUCAGGCCACAGGAGAGCUGGAUUUUUGUGUCAACCUAUGCAAGUCUCGAUUGAUGAUGGAGACCUGCUUCGACAUCGCGGUGCCCACUGUCCAAGGACAGAGUGGACAACAGGAGAUGGAGGUCUGAGAGACAAAACAGGGUGUGACUUAUGAUGAAAUAAAGCAUAUGACAAGCUAGCUAACAGAUAGCUGUUGGGCAAGCAAGGACAAAUUAGACUUUUGAAGAAUGUGGAGAAGUUUGAUGUCUUGUGGCAGCAACAUAUUGUGUUUUGUGGGGUUAAAACUGGCCUGUUUUGACAAAUGAAACAAAUGAAGGUAUUGAAACAGUGGGCAACGUUAGAAACUCACUGAAAUGCUGAAUAAAUAUAAGAAUAAAAUAAAAGCAAGAAAGUGAUACUGAGAUCUUUUUUAAUGUUACCAGAAAGUGCCUUAUAUGGAAAAAUCCCAAGAACUAUUUUUUUUUUCGAUUGGUGCAAGUAUUGAGACCAACUUUCCCAAGUAAACUAUUAGUUUUUAUGUUCCCUUUGAGAAACAAAAGUAUUUUGCGUUGUAAUGCAGUGAAUAGUCUAUUUAUGAUCUAAAAGAAUGUAAAAAUAUAGUUUCAAUUAUUAAACACUAUUAAAAAAAAAAAUUGAAACUAUUUGGUUUUCAACCCCCCAAACUAUUUUUGCAUUUUAUAAUCUCUAAAUAAAAACAACAAUUAGUACUUCUUAACAUGCAAAGUUUCUUCAGCAUCAUGCAAAAACUUCAAGGAUCUGUCCUUGAUUUAGUUCGAGACCAUGCUUGUCUGCAGUUGAUAAGAUGUCACUUGAUUGGAUAAAGAUGCUGAAGCUGUGCCACUGUCUUAUUUAGCUUAUUUAGCUACAGUUGUUCAUCUACAUUUGAAAGGCCCUCAGACAGUAUUACAUAAACCCUGGAUUCAGUUCUACUUGUUUAGUUGAUUGGUGCAGCUGGUAGCAGAUCAUAAAUUAGAGCUUGUCUCAAACACUUCUCAGGACAUCUGACUGAAGUGUGUUUGUACUGAUUAAUUUCAGUGUGUGCGCCUGUGUGCGUGUGUACUGUAUGCAUUUAAAUGCAUCGUACUGAUAUGUAUGCAUGUGUCUGUUCUUAUCUGAUCAUGCAACAUCCAGCGUUAAGCUGGUUUCUUUUAAUGUGGUAAAUAAUUCCACUGUAUCUACCUGAACUUCAAAAGAGUAUGCCUUUCUUCCAUUUGAAAACAAACUUCAAAAUGUUAAAAUAUACAAACGGCUAUUAUCUGUUGGCAUCUUCACAGCACAGGACUUUCUCCACACAUGGUCCACUGAUUUAUAUUCAGCCGCUGAAGUGAAUGAUUUUUGUCAUGUUAAUCCUUAAAGUGUGUCUCUUGAGAGAAGUGUCAUUGCUGUUUCUCAAAUAGAAAUGAAGAAACGAAAAGAGAAGAGAUUAUUCGGUUUGCAAAGGUUUGAAGUAGAAUUUAUGUGAAUUUGUUUUACAUUUGACUACAAUUACUUUUUAUUGUUGUUGUAGAUGAAUGAUUCUUUAUUUAAAAGAGAAAAAAUACUCAGGCUUUAUUUUUCAAGUUGCUGCAUGAUAUCUUUAUUUAUUCUUUCAAAUUAAUUUAAUUUUUCCCUUUCUUUUAUAUCUUAGUCUGUGAUUUCUACUAAUAAUUUACAUUAAACAGAUUUGCCAAACAUUUUGAGCUUUUUCUAUUUAAAAUGUAUGACAUUUUCUCAGUGUUUCAGCUUUUUAUUGUACAGUUUUUUUUUUUACCUUUUUAAAAACCAUGUAUAGACUCCUCAGUUUGCAUUAACAUAAAAUGAAGAAUAAAAAGAAUGUUUCCUCUUUACA